AUGGCUCCUCCAAAUUCCUCUGUGCCACCGGCGGCGCAGCCAAAACACUCGGCAUAUUUCGACGCUUGGAAUUCUUCUUCAACUGGGCAUCAGAGAGCGGAGAAUCGACUGGGUGGAUCGAUAGGAUGGAGACAAUCACGAAGCAUGAAGCUGUCUCAUCAAUUCAAGAGUGGCGGGACGGGAGGCAAGAGAAUUUCAGAUACAGUUGGGGCGGGCUCCGAGGACUGGGACGAAAAUGCAAAGGCUUUGAUACCUAAAGAUGUCCGAGAGAGGGCGAGACUCAGUGUUGGAGAUAUGCUGGCAAGCCAAGGAACCAUUGGUGUGUUUGAUGAGAACCCUGGCGCUGGAGAUACUAAGAUGUUUGUAGGGUCUUUAAGUGCCGAAGAGAAGUUGGCGGCCCUUAGGAAGCAUGAAGACGUCCAGACAGAGGUCAACAAAUCAAAUACGAAGAAGGGUGUUUUUGAUGGUCUUGUUAUUUAUAUCAAUGGCAGCACACACCCACUGAUCUCUGACCAUAGGCUCAAGCAUAUUCUCGUAGAGAAUGGAGCAAGGUUAUCGAUUCAUCUUGGGCGGAGGCAGGUUACGCAUGUCAUUCUUGGUCGACCUAGUGGGACUCGGGGACUAGGGGCUGGCGGUGGCCUUGCAGGGACGAAAAUCGAGAAGGAGAUCAAGAGGGUUGGAGGUGCGGGAAUAAAAUAUAUUGGGGUCGAGUGGGCUCUCGAAAGUCUCAAGGCAGGAAGAAGACUACCAGAAACACAAUUCUCCAACCUCAAGGUUGCUGCUAAGAGGCAAAACAGUGUUUAUGACAUGUUCAAAACAGCUUCAACCACAUAA